CCUCACUGCUCAGGUGCCACUCACUGUCCAAGAACAAAUCACGGGCCAGUUCUGGUACUAUUCACAGCCCAAGAACCAAUGAUAGCCCAGGAACAACUCACAGCCCAGGUGUCACUCAUAGCACAGGUGUCACUCACAGCCCUGGUGUCCCUCACAGCCCUGGUGUCCCUCAUAGCACAGGUGUCACUCACAGCCCUGGUGUCACUCAUAACACAGGUGUCACUCACAGCCCUGGUGUCACUCAUAACACAGGUGUCACUCACAGCCCUGGUGUCCCUCAUAGCCCUGGUGUCACUCAUAACACAGGUGUCACUCACAGCCCUGGUGUCCCUCAUAGCCCUGGUGUCACUCAUAACACAGGUGUCACUCACAGCCCUGGUGUCCCUCAUAGCCCUGGUGUCACUCAUAACACAGGUGUCACUCACAGCCCUGGUGUCACUCAUAACACAGGUGUCACUCACAGCCCUGGUGUCACUCAUAACACAGGUGUCACUCACAGCCCUGGUGUCCCUCACAGCCCAGGUGUUACUCAUAGCACAGGUGUCCCUCACAGCCCAGGUGUCCCUCACAGCCCAGGUGUUACUCAUAGCACAGGUGUCCCUCACAGCACAGGUGUCCCUCACAGCCCAGGUGUCCCUCACAGCCCAGGUGUCACUCACAGCCCUGGUGUCACUCAUAGCACAGGUGUCCCUCACAGCCCUGGUGUCACUCACAGCCUUGGUGUCACUCACAGCUCAGGCAUAAUUCACAUCUCAGAUUCCACUCUCAGCCCAGGGAGCCUUUCAGCAUCCCCAUGUCUCAGGUGCACUCAGGAGAGAAUAAGUAGCGCAUGGAAACAAUUAAAUGCAGCUCGGCAGCCUGUAAUUUGGUCCUGACGAGCGUGCACGAACCUGCACGAGCUCAUGCAUGAGUCCCGGCUGGCUUAUGGGUUAGUUUUCAGACCCACAGGCC